AUGGCAGCUUCAGCCCAUCGCUCUACCAGCACUAGCAUGGCCCUCUCCCUCUUCCUGCUCGCAACCAUCGCCUUCUCUUCCGUCACCGCACAGUCGCCGUCAUCGUCAUCGUGCGCGAGCCACACCUUCUCCAGCAGCCAGCUCUACGGGUCGUGCGCCACCCUGCCGCACCUGGGCACCACGCUGCACUACAACUACACGGCCGCGGGCAACACGGUGUCCGUGGCGUUCCGCGCACCGAGCAAGGGCGCCGGGUGGGUGGCGUGGGGGCUCAACCCGAACGGCACCGGCAUGGUCGGCACGCAGGCCGUGGUGGCGUUCCGGCACUCCAACGGCAGCCUCGUGGCGUACCCGACGGUGCUCGACAGCUACGCGCCGUCCAUGGCGCCCGCGGACGCCGCGGAGCUGGGGUUCCCCGUGUCGGACGUGGCGGCGGAGUACGCGAAGAAGGGCGGGGAGAUGGUGGUGUACGCGACGGUGGCGCUGCCCGGGAAGGGGAGCAAGUUCAACCACGUGUGGCAGCAGGGGAGCUCGGUGGUGAACGACGUGCCGGCGGCGCACCCUACCACCGGGGAUAAUAUCCUCUCUACCGGCGCCAUCGAUUUCAGCAAGUGA